AACUAGAGGAUGGAUUUUACGGGUAAGGUUGUACUGAUUACCGGCGCCUCGUCCGGGAUUGGUGAAGGAACGGCAAAGCAUUUAGCAAAGUAUGGCGCUACUUUGGUGCUGACCGGGCGCAACAAAGACAACUUGAAUAAGGUUGGUGCGGCUUGUGAAGCCCUAUCGAAGCAGAAGCCACUACUAUUGGAAGCUGAUGUUACCAAAGUGGAGGAUAACAAAAAGGUAAUAGAUGAAAUUACAGCUAAACUGGGACGCUUGGACGUCCUGGUCAAUAAUGCCGGUAUCAUUGCAAAUGGGUCAAUUGAAAAUACAAGCUUGGAACAGUAUGAUGAGGUCAUGAACACAAACGUCCGGGCAGUAUAUCAUCUGACAAUGUUGGCCGUUCCGUUGCUGAUUGAAAAUAAAGGUAAUAUCGUGAAUGUGAGCAGCGUAGCUGGGAAUAGAUCUUUUCCAGGAAUUUUGGCAUACGGAAUUUCGAAAGCAGCAAUUGACCAAUUUACUAGAUGUGUUGCUUUGGAGUUAGCAGCAAAACAAGUCCGUGUUAAUGCAGUGAAUCCUGGAGUGAUUGUUACCGACAUCCAUAAACGCGGUGGAAUGGACGAGAAAGCCUAUGCUGAGUUUCUGGAAAAAUGUAAACAAACCCACGCCUUGGGUCGUCCAGGGGAACCGGGGGAAGUUGCUGCUACUAUAGCAUUUUUGGCUUCGGAUGCGGCGAGUUUCAUAACGGGCGUAACGCUUAAUGUUGACGGUGGGCGUCACGCCAUGUGUCCAAGAUAGAACAUAAUGUUCGAGAGAACCGUGCCUUAGAAUUUUUCAAGAAUAUCAUGUUUUUCAAGCAUUUUGUGGUGUAGAAAAAAUAAAUAUUUUGGUCCUGUUGUACUAUUUUAUUAGACUGCCAAAUAAACAGUAAAUUAUGAUUCACUUUAAAAUAUAUUGCUCCGUACUUUCAUAGGAAGUGGUUAAGAUAUUCAUAAGAUGUAAAGGAAUAUCUCAAUACUGGACAAAAAUGGAAGGUAUUCUCCAUGCUGCCAGCAAAAUCAAAUGGAUAAAACAACUCGUUCGAAAUAAGUCGAACAAAAUUAAGAUCUGCCGAAAUACAGAAUGU